UAUAUCUCUUUCUUUAGUCUUUCGAGUGCUUAAAUACAUCGCCCAUCAUGGCUGGAAGAUUGCAAUGCCGCAUGUACGCCAACAAGUUUCCCGAAGUGGAUGACUUGGUUAUGGUUAACGUUCGUCAGAUUGCUGAGAUGGGUGCUUAUGUCCAACUUCUCGAGUAUGACAAUAUUGAGGGAAUGAUUCUCCUGAGCGAGUUGUCCAGACGUCGUAUUCGCUCGAUCCAGAAACUUAUCCGUGUUGGCAAGAACGAGGUUGUUGUCGUCCUCAGAGUUGACAAAGAGAAAGGCUAUAUUGAUCUUUCCAAGCGUCGUGUUUCAGCCACGGAUAUCAUUAAGUGCGAGGAACGUUAUAACAAAUCUAAGGCUGUGCACUCUAUUAUGUCAACCGUUGCUAAAAAAGAAAACAAGGACCUGGAGGCUCUGUACGAACAAUUAGCUUGGCCUCUCUAUGCCAAGUAUGGUCAUGCCUACGAUGCCUUCAAGGUUGCCCUUAACGAGCCAGAGAAGGUCUUUGAAGGAUUGGAGAUCGCUGAGAGCACAAAGGAGGAGCUUUUGAACAACAUUAAACGUCGUUUGACUCCACAGCCGAUCAAAAUCCGCGCAGAUAUUGAGGUGACCUGCUUUGACUAUGAGGGUAUUGAUGCAAUCAAAACUGCAUUCAAGGAAGCUGAGGCUGUCUCAUUGGCCGAUGUACCGAUCCGCGUCAAGUUGGUGGCGCCACCUUUGUAUGUCAUGAUCACCAACGCGUUAGACAAGCAGCUUGGCAUUGAUACAAUGGAGAAGGCUAUCGCAGUUUUGGAAGAAAGCAUCAAGAAGGCCAACGGCAACAUGGUCACGAAGAUGAGUCCCAAGGCCGUCACUGAGGCAGAUGAUAUGGAACUCGAUCAGUUGUUGGCGAGAAUUGAUAAAGAAAAUGCGGAAGUAUCGGGCGAUGAUGAUAACUCGGAUUCCGAUGCAGAUGUUGCUUAAAUUAAACAUUGAAAAUAAAC